GCGGCCGGGGAGGCGGGGAGCGGCGCGGCCGCCCGGGACGUUCCAGGACACUUCCUGACUGGCUGGCAGCGCGCACCCGGCGGCUCGCACGCCCCCGGACCCUCUGCUCGCUCGCUCGCUCGCUGGCUCCCGCGGGCCCGCUCUGCGUCGGCCGCGCCGCGGUGGAGGCGCGCGGGGGGACGCGGCCGGGGAUGAGCUGAUUGCGGGGGAAUCAGCCGCCGACGGGCCCCCAGAGGCCGCGAGGAGCCGCUUUUCUCGGAGUCGCCGCCCUGCCCUUGGAUUUGAGAUCAUGUCCAUUCACAUCGUGGCGCUGGGGAACGAGGGGGACUCUUUCCACCAGGACAAUCGGCCGUCGGGGCUCAUUCGCACUUACCUGGGGAGAAGCCCCCUGGUCUCAGGGGACGAAAGCAGCUUGUUGCUGAACGCGACCAGCACGGUCGCGCGUCCCGUGUUCACCGAGUAUCAGGCCAGCGCGUUCGGGAAUGUCAAGCUGGUGGUCCACGACUGUCCCGUCUGGGACAUUUUUGACAGUGAUUGGUACACCUCCCGAAAUCUAAUUGGAGGCGCUGACAUCAUUGUGAUCAAAUACAACGUAAAUGACAAGUUUUCAUUCCAUGAAGUAAGAGAUAAUUAUAUUCCAGUGAUAAAAAGAGCAUUAAACUCAGUUCCAGUAAUCAUUGCUGCUGUUGGUACCAGACAAAAUGAAGAAUUACCUUGUACGUGCCCACUGUGUACCUCGGACCGGGGGAGCUGUGUCAACACGACUGAGGGGAUCCAGCUUGCUAAGGAACUAGGGGCUACCUACCUGGAGCUGCACAGCCUUGACGACUUCUACAUAGGAAAGUAUUUUGGAGGAGUGUUGGAGUAUUUCAUGAUUCAAGCCUUAAAUCAGAAGACAAGUGAAAAAAUGAAGAAAAGGAAAAUGAGCAGCUCGUUUCAUGGAAUUAGACCACCCCAGCUUGAACAACCAGAAAAAAUGCCUGUCUUAAAGGCUGAAGCAUCGCAUUAUAACUCGGAUUUAAAUAACUUGCUGUUCUGCUGCCAGUGUGUGGAUGUGGUAUUUUACAACCCAGAUUUAAAGGAAGUUGUAGAAGCCCACAAGAUCGUUCUCUGUGCCGUAAGCCACGUUUUCAUGCUGCUUUUCAAUGUGAAGAGUCCUGCUGACAUUCAGGAUUCCAGUAUCAUCCGAACCACCCAGGAUCUCUUUGCGAUAAACAGAGAUACCGCAUUUUCAGGUGCUGGCCAGGAUUCUCCGGGCAACCCGCCAUUACGAGUCAUUGUUAAAGACGCCCUCUUCUGUUCUUGUUUAUCGGACAUUCUGCGCUUCAUUUAUUCAGGUGCUUUCCAGUGGGAAGAAUUGGAAGAAGAUGUCAGGAAGAAGUUGAAAGAUUCUGGGGAUGUUUCAAGUGUAAUUGAGAAAGUCAAAUGCAUUUUAAAAACACCAGGAAAGAUUAAUUGCCUAAGGAAUUGCAAAACCUAUCAAGCCAGAAAACCUCUGUGGUUUUAUAAUACUUCCCUCAAGUUUUUCCUUAAUAAACCAAUGCUUGCUGAUGUUGUCUUCGAAAUACAAGGUACGACGGUGCCAGCCCACAGGGCCAUCCUGGUGGCCCGUUGUGAAGUGAUGGCAGCCAUGUUUAAUGGGAACUACAUGGAAGCAAAGAGUGUUUUGAUUCCAGUUUAUGGUGUUUCCAAAGAGACUUUCUUGUCGUUCUUAGAAUACCUAUACACAGACUCCUGUUGCCCAGCCGGCAUUUUCCAGGCCAUGUGUCUCCUGAUCUGUGCUGAGAUGUACCAGGUGUCCAGACUGCAGCACAUCUGUGAGCUGUUCAUCAUCACACAGCUGCAGAGCAUGCCGAGCCGGGAACUGGCGUCCAUGAACCUCGAUAUAGUGGACCUGCUCAAAAAAGCCAAGUUUCACCACUCUGACUGCCUCUCCACCUGGCUGCUUCAUUUCAUUGCCACUAACUACCUCAUCUUCAGUCAAAAGCCUGAAUUUCAGGAUCUUUCAGUGGAAGAACGCAGUUUUGUUGAAAAGCACAGAUGGCCGUCGAAUUUGUACUUGAAGCAGCUUGCGGAAUACCGGAAGUAUAUUCACUCCCGGAAGUGUCGCUGCUUAGUAAUGUAACCUGGCCCUUUUAUCUACAUACGAUCUUUUUAUUAUUAUGAAGAAUGGGAUACCUCUGGGUUCCGGUAAAAUUCUUGUGACCGACACCAAUAUGGGUGUUAAAAAAAAUCACCAUACUGCUUAAUGUGUUUAUUAGUUCUACUGUGAUCUUAAAAGGGAACAAAAUCUGCCAUAGGCUAAAACUAAAGCUUCACCCUAGUAUAUAAAGCUGUUGUACAGCUACCUUUUCCCUUUAAGAUGCCCUAUUGCUUUAGUGAUAUUAAUACCCCUCCUAGUUAAGAAAUGUUUAAAUUAAAAAAAAAUCAUACAGGAUUAAUACAGAAAUUUCACCAUGUCUGAUUAAUUGCUCUAUAAAAAUAAGGGGCAUUUAAAGACCCAAUAUGACUAAUUCUAUAAUGAGAAAUCUGGGGUAAGGUUGAUCAAUAUGAAAUUUUAAGAAUAGAAAUUUAUCUGGGAUUUUGAAAGUGAAACGCCACUUGGUUUCAAAUCAGUGACGGUGUUUGAACCAUCAUGGAAAAAGAAUUUGUUUUUAUCUGGACAACCCAGCGGAGCCAUCUUGUCUCUUCCCUGAGAUUCUGAUUAGGCAGGAAACCUCAACAGGGCUGGCUUUAUGGCCAUGUAACCUGUGUAGUCACACAGGGCCUCUUGCUUAGAAGGGCCCCACGCUUGGUUUAAUGCUCUACUAUUGCCACCUUGAAAUUCUUAAUAAUGUUUGAAGAAGGGCCUCGCAUUUUCACUUUGUACUGGGCCUCCAAAGUUACGAAUAUUUCCUAGCAGGGUAUGUACUAUGUUUUCUUGUUCAAACAUCAUUCUCUCUGAAAGCAGAAGAGAGGCAUUGACAUCAAAGGAAGAGAAGGAGGCUUGGCUGAGGGAAGAGAUCACGUGUGGUUUCCCAUCUUUGGGGAAGUCUGUACCACCCAGAGCCUCCCUCCACUGCCCCCUUCGCUGACAAGUGAGAAAUACGUCAUGUUGUCUUAGCUUUAAAACCCUUAGAGG